GCGGUUUUUCUUCCGAUAUUCCGACUCUCCGAUCCGGCAUUCUCCGUUCGCAUCUGGUGCGAGUACCACGAACUGCUGAACAGCUGCCGCCGGUGGUGCUUCAUUACCCAUUUAGCCAUUCCGCUUUUGUUGGCCGCGCGAAAAACAUGAAAUUGAAAAUCAAUCUGACGUUCCUCUGUGCGACACUCGUCGGCCUCCUGUCCAUCAUCCUAUUGACACAGACCGCGCAAAUCGAGGCCUUUGGAGGCGGCAGUUCGGCCAAUGGGGCAGUGGUGUCAUGCAAAGAGCUGAACAAUGUCAACUGCUAUGUGGGCCGGAAUGAGGGAAACUUUUGCAGCAGCAAGGAUAAGACCAAGGCCGUAACUCGUUGGUAUUUCGACAAGGGCCACUGCAAGCCCUUCAACUACAAAGGCUGCAAUGGCAAUCGCAAUCGUUUCUGCUCACAGGAUAGCUGCGAAUCGCGCUGCGGCGAUUGAUUAUAGGAUUACUGGAUAUAUCCCUACGUACUUAGUCGAUAAGUUUGUACGCGUAUGUUUAGACUAAGAGCAAAUAGAGAUCGCAUCGCACACUUAGCAAAAAUAAUAUUUCAUUUAAUAAAGCAUAUUUUUUGGUUCAAAAUGUA